AUGAUACUAGUUAGCCUAAAACGAGCCAGAAGUAUAUAUAGUGGUGUCAACGAAAAAUUGCUAACACCAAUCAAUCGUGAGCAUAAUUUUCAAAACUCGAAAAAUUUCGGCGUCAGCAUUACUUGGAAUGCGAGGUCAGUGGAAAUACCGACGCAAAUUGAAAGAAAACACAUUGCAGAACGAAUCAUUGCUAUCGACCAACCACAUUAUGCCAUAGUCAAUGCUGUCGCAUCACACACACGCACACACAUACACAUGUACAUACAUAUAUACACACACACAUACACCUACACAUCACACAUACACAUCCCACCAAUCCAUUCACAAAACGUUGGCCACUGCCAUGUGGAUAGGAGAGGAGAUAACUGUGGAGAGGUGCGACGAAGUGGUAAUUAUGGCUAUAUGAGCAAGGAA